AUGUCUGAGGUACAGUCUCGAUCUCAGCCCGCCUCUCGUGGCAGAGGCGGUGGUCGUGGAGGAAGAGGUGGCUUCGCUGGUCGUAACGAUGCCCGAUCUACCAACACCAGACGCACCAACGGUGACAAGUCUACCGCAUCAGACUCCGUCGACGAGGACGGUGAUGUUGGCCAGCUCAGACAACAGUAUGGCGACAGCCUCGAUACUAUCAAGGCCAUUUUCCCUGAUUGGUCGGAUGCCGACAUCCUCUAUGCUCUGCAGGAGAAUGACGGCGACGUAGAGCUCGUCGCUACUCGCAUUUCUGAAGGCAGCAUCUCCCAGUGGGGUGAGGUUUCGAAGCCCAAGAAGGUUAGCAAGCCUAAGACCAAGGACGCCGUUCCCUCGACUGGCCCGAUUGAUACAUCUGCUGGAAGACCGACCCGCGGUGGUCGCGCUGAUGGCCGGGGUGGCCGUGGUGGACGCGGCAGUGAUCGGGCCCGAGGAGGACGUGGCAGGGGCGCUUCCUCUCAGCCCGCUACAAAUGGUCACCGAACCAAGGAGAACGCAGAGCUCUCCAUUCCUACCGCAGAGGCUUCCGCUUGGGGUGCUGGUACCACCACGGACGACACGGCCAACAAUGAAUGGGGCACCACUGGCUGGGGCACUACCGAUACCACGAAGGAGACGACUUCUACUACCGCUCCUGUUCAGACUUCUACUCCUGCUUCUACCACCACUACCGAACCCGCUGCACCCAAGCCCAAGACCUGGGCCUCCAUGCUGCGACAGUCGACUCAACCCAAGCCAGCACCCAAGGCUCCAGAGCCCGCCGUCCAGAAGCCCGUGGAGCCCACCGAACCAGAACCUCCCGCCGAACCUGUCGCCGCUGAACCCGAACCUGUCGCCGAAGAGACACCCGAGCCUGUUGUUGAGGAGCCUACCCCAGAGCCUGUUGUCGAGGAAGCCCCCAAGAUUGUCGAGCCCGAGGUCGCUCUACCUCCUUCUGACGUCGAUCUGACGAAGACCAACCUUGAACAGCUCCCUGACGAGUCUCACCCCCCCGCUACAGCUACUGUUGCUAGUACUACUGCCGACUCGUGGGAUCCUCGCCAGGCUGCUCCCCAGAGCGCUACCGCAACGCCUCUGUCUGCUGCGCAGGCUCAACACCAGGCACAAGCUGCCCGCCCUACUGCCAGUGGCUUCGCUGCUUCUGCACUCAAGGCCACUGAGAGGCCCGUCCGUGUGCCUAGCUACCAGCGACGGGUACUUGAGCAAGAAGAGGCUGUUCGCCUGCCUGGCAACCGUGAGGUCGAUCGCGCAGCUGUCCAGUUUGGUGCAUUCAGCCUGAGUGGUGUCGAGGAUGACAUUGACGGUGAUCGUGAAGAGGCUGAGACCAGAGCUCAACCUCCCUCCGACUCUCCCAUCCAGCCAAGGGCUUCUCUACCCCCUCUCGCCGCACAGCCUACUCAGCCUGCCGUCCCCGAGACCUUCCCCUCGGCCGCUACCCAGAAGCCUGCCGCAACUCUCCCCCAACCAGUCAGCGCUGCUGGUACGAAUCCCUUUCAGAUUUACAGCAAGCAAGAUGCCCGUGCUGACUUAUACACAGCGACACCCGUUGCCCCUCCUACUGGCCCAGCUGCUGGUGUUGCCGCGCAUCGUAUGUCGCAGUAUCCUCAAGCACAUGUCUCGCAAACUAACCCCAGCCCAGAAUCCUCCUUCAACCAGCAGUACAGCCGCUUCGGACAGGCUGGCGCCCAGGAUCAAUCCUCCUUCCCUCCCAAACCAUACGACAACUUCUCUCAGCAGCCCGCAGCUACAACCGGUGCUGGCUUCGACAGCUUCCCUGCCCCCGCAUCCCAACCCCCGAGCAAUGCCUUCAGCUCCGCUCCGAGCGACUACUCAUCCUACUACACUGCCGACCAAAGCCGUGGCCUUUACAAUAGCUACUAUGGGCAAGGCUAUGGUCAGCAGCAAGCCAGCCAGGGCCACAAUGAAGGACCCAACACUCACCAGCGAUCCUUCGGCGGAUACAAUGCAUCGCAAAACAGUGACAACCUCAGCCAGUACCCUCAGAGCGCCGGCCAAUCGCGAUACGGUGCUAGCUCUGCCACUGAUGCCCACAACAGUGGCCACAACACCCCGAACCCUACUGGCCCUACCCAGCAGCAGCCCUCUGGUCAGAACACUGGCCCGCAGUCUAACCUGCACCAGCAGCAAGCUCCCGCUGGCUUCCCCUACCAGCACCCAUACAACAACAGUCCUUUCUACUCUCAGUACAUGAACUUCUACGGCGGUUACGGCCAGGGUGGAUAUGGUGGUGCCCCCUAUGGAAAGGGAGGUGUCUAUGGCCAGCCUCAUGGCUACCAGCACUCGCCGUAUGAGCACAGCUCUUCUCCGGCCACUACUGGGUUUGCCCAAGCUUCGGUUGGUGGCCGCGACAGCGGCCUUGGAUCUAGCAUUGACAACUAUGGCCGCGCUGGCUCCGCUCAGUCUGGCACCCAAGGUCUCGGAAACAGUGGCUUUGGAGGUGCUCAUGACGCCUUCAACCGUGCCGGCUCCUCAUACCAGUCUCAGGCCGGCCAAGGUUUUAACGGCCCCAACGCCCAGUCCGGCUCGGCCAACGAUGAUCUUAAGCCCUACGGUGAAUCCAAGGCUACCGGUGGACCCAGCCCCUCUUUGACCAGCGGUGCCCGUCCUGGCUCUGCUACAAACACCACCCCCGGCCAAUCUGGACUCCCCCCGCCUCAGUCGAGCGGUCAGGGCAUGGGCGGCUAUGGUGGAUACCCGAGCCACCUCCAGGGCCACAACCUUCACGGCAACCAAACCGGCAACAGCGGAUUCGGCCAGGGCCACAACAACUAUGGAGGUGCCUACGGUAACUAUGGCGGCAACCAAGGAUUUGGUGGCAACUAUGGCCGCGGCUGGGGCAGCAACUACCAGUAA